UGUCAUAUGUCUUGAUUUGUGUACAUUCAUAAUAUUGAAUUUCGGAAAUUUUCAAACUUCGUUUAUAAAUUUACAUAUGUACAUAGUAGUGAAAUCUUGAAAGAUCUAAAGAUCACUGUAAAUCAAAUUUAGUGUGCUAUGGAUUCCCAACUAGAAGUGAAUUUCGCAAUAAACCCAAGUAAACACAAUACCGGACGGAAUAAUAACCGUUGGAAAGAUAUUAUUCGAAUGAAACGACUUGAUAUCAUAAUCUUUGGAGCAACAGGCUGUGCGGGGCGUUUUACAGUCAUGGAAGCAGUAAGAGUUCUAAGAUCUUUUUCGUGGGGUAUUGCGGGACGAAAUAAACAAAAAAUGAAUGAAUUAUUACAAGAUGUUGGAUUUCGAUCAAGAAAAAACCUUUCAAAAACUCCUAUAAUUACGGCAAACUUACGACAUAAAAGAUCACUCUACAGUUUAGCCAAAAAAUGCAAAGUAUUAGUCAAUUGUGCUGGGCCGUAUGAAACUUAUGGAGAAAAUGUUGUCAAAGCUUGCAUUUUAGCGAAAACUCAUUACGUGGAUUUCUGUACAGAAUCGCAUUUCAUGGAUAUUAUUCACUACAAAUUCGAUGAAUUAGCGAAAAAGAAAGGCGUUUACAUUGUGAUGGGUUGCGGACUACAAAGUAUGCCUGCGGAAGUCGGAAUUAACUAUAUAAAAAAUAAUUUUAACGGUACCAUUAAUAGCAUUGACGCUUACGUUGAAUUUUGGACGAGUAAUCCCUGGUUACUUGGACCGAUAGCAAAUAGUAACGUUUGGGCGAGUUUAAUUCUUGCAAAACGAAAUAUGAGAAGAUUUCGAAGGAGGUUACUACCGAAAAUGGAUCCGAUAGCUCCACGCAGGUCCAUACUAAGUGAGUCAGAUGUUAUUAUUGGAUUUUGUGUUCCUGCGCCUACCGUUGAUCAAGACAUUGUGGACCGAAGUCAAUUGUUUUACUGGGAGGAAAAAAAUCAAAGACCCAUACAGUUCAACAGUUACUUUGUGUUUUCAAACCCUGUCAUCGCUUUAUUGCUAUUGAGCUGGUACUUUAUCAUAUUAAUACUUACACAACUUACUUGUACUCGUCGCCUACUAUUAAAAUGUCCUAGUAUCUUUUCCUUCGGUAUCUUUACUUCUACUGGCCCCUCUGAGGAGAAUGUGGACGACACCUUUUUUCAAAUGACUUUCAAGGCAGAAGGUUGGGAUAAAAGCGUAAAAUCUACUCAGCACAUUUUCCCACAUCCUCCCAAUAAAGUUGUAAUCGGCAGAGUAAGCGGUGCAUGCCCAUUUUACGGAGUAGCGUGUAUUUGCCUGCUGGUGGCCGCUGUUACUAUAUGUAAUGAGAGAUCCAAACUUCCACAUCGGGGAGGAGUAUAUACGCCAGGAGCAGCGUUUGGAGAUACUAAAAUUAUAAAUGAGCUAAAAAAAUAUGAACAUGGAUUAUCAUUCGAAAUAAUUAGCACAGACGAAAUGUAAUAAAAACUAUAUCAUUUACUAAAAGUAA